AGCCACAACAACAAGUUUUCUGAGUCUUCUACCACAUCUUGAAUUAAGAAAAUAAAAAUCCUUUCAAGACUUUUUCCCCUCAUCAAAAUUUAACAGAAUGGCCAUCCUUAUGCCCCGAAUUAUUCAAGCAAAACAAAUUUUCCGGAGAUCAUUAUCCAAUGGAAGAAGCACAACAUUAAUGGACACACCGAAAGGCUAUGUAGCAAUUUACAUUGGAGAACAAGAAAAGAAGAGAUUUGUGGUUCCAGUUUCAGUGUUAAGCCAACCUUUAUUUCAAGAACUACUUCGCCAAUCAGAGGAAGAGUUCGGGUAUGACCAUCCAAUGGGUGGCCUUACAAUUCCAUGUAGUCAAGAUAUGUUCAAUGACGUUGCUUCUCGUUUGGGUGUACUAUAAGUAGUUAGAACUUUGGUUGUUAGAAAAAGUAUAUGUAUCAUUAACCACUAGACAGUUUCAGUACAUAAAUAGUUUGUAUGAAAUUCUUUACAAUCGACGAUGUAAAUUUUCUAACUAUUAUACAAAGAUUAUGAAACCGAAGUUGCUCCUAA